AUGGAUCUUGAUGACGAUGCCCCGCCAGAGCUGGUCAAUACAGCCACAAAGGACUUGGACGAUGAGAUCACAGUCAAAGUUCCCAUCACCAUCGUGACAGGUUACCUUGGUGCUGGUAAAACCACAUUGCUCAAUUACAUCCUCACAGCGCAGCAUGGCAAAAAGAUUGCUGUUAUCAUGAAUGAAUUUGGAGACUCACUCGACAUCGAAAAGUCUCUCACUGUGAACAAGGGAGGUGAGCAGGUGGAAGAAUGGCUAGAAGUUGGCAAUGGCUGCAUCUGCUGCUCAGUCAAGGAUACUGGUGUCAAUGCGAUUGAGUCCUUGAUGUCAAAGAAAGGUGCAUUUGAUUACAUCCUUCUUGAAACUACAGGCCUGGCUGAUCCUGGAAACUUGGCACCUCUCUUCUGGGUGGAUGAUGGACUUGGAAGCACCAUUUACCUUGAUGGCAUCGUCACGUUGGUAGAUGCGAAAAACAUCCUGCUUAGCCUCGACGACCCGAAAGGCGUUGUCGAAGGGCAUGAUGAUCACGGCCAUGGGCCUGUCAUGACAACAGCUCAUGUUCAAAUCUCUCACGCAGAUGUGAUUGUGAUCAACAAGGCUGAUAUGGUCACUGAGGCAGAACUGAACCAUGUCAAGGAAAGAAUCCAGUCCAUUAAUGGACUUGCCAAAAUCCAUGUUACAGAGAGGAGUGUUGUGCCUCAACUGGAGGGAUUCCUGCUUGACUUGCACGCAUAUGACCAGUUCAAUGAAUCCGACGCAAACGUGAAGGGUCACAGCCAUCUUGACCCUACCAUAUCAACCGUCACCAUACCUGUCGACCGUCUUCAACCUGGGCAGCUGGAGACAGUCGAUCGCUGGCUACGAUCCGUCUUGUGGGACAACAAACUACCCGGAGCGAAGCAGGAGGGGGACUUUGAGAUUCACCGCUCAAAAGGGCGCCUCGUGUUUGCCAAUGGAGAUGUGAAGAUGUUGCAGGGAGUAAGGGAGGUCUUUGAGAUAAAUGAUGGGCCGCCAGGGGAUGAGACUCCCAAGGAGGGGAAGAUUAUUCUGAUUGGAAGAAACGUAGCGGGCAUUGGCUUUGAAGACAGUUUCAAACAAGCUAUUGGCUAG